UGUGUUUUUUAUCCGAAGGUUAUGAGAAAGUGGCUUGCAUGAAACUUCAUAUGAUAUUUCAUGCUUAUUGAUCCCUUAUGGAUGUGUUUGUUUCCGCUUUCUUGCAUAAUGAAGUUUAUGUGCUUACUUUGGUUUAUAUAGUGCUAUGCUUUUAUCUCUUUUGUUUCUUUCUUUUUACAUUAUUUUUUACUUUAGUGGGGGUGUUGAGUAUUGUGCUCUCCUUUUUUUUAUUAAACGCAAAAUUUCAACUUUUUUGGGGUUACCAGUGCACAUCUGUGAUGAUUGAUAAGUUCAAUUAUCUAUUAGUAAUUUAGUAUAAAACUAAAAAUAUAUAAAAAGUGAGAUGUCUAUAAUACACACUGAAACAAACUAACAACAAUGAACACUUGAUAAUAUAAUUAUUUUGUACUUCCUCUGUUUUUAAAUAGUUACAACGUUUUGACUUUCAGUAAGUGCAUGAAGUACAUUUGUAUAUCAGUAAAGUUUGACCAAACGAUGUGAAUAUAUAACAAUUGUAAUAUGUUAGAAGAAAUUGUUUGAAGCAUAUUUUUUUUUUGAGAAGUUCGUUUUAUGUUGUUCCCAUGUGUGUUACUUUUGUACAUGCUCCUAAUUUAGAUAGUCAUAGUGCAUAGGAUUUGCUCUUCGAGUUUGCUUCUCUGUCCGCUCCUUUGGGUCCAGGAAUGUCCUUUUUUUUCCGUGAUUUUGUAGAUAAGGCCAACCAUAUUAUUUGCUCCACAUACUUAUCUUGAGAUGGCUACUUUCUAGAAGAUACACAAAUUUGCUUCAUGGCAUUUUCUGUAUAUAAAUAGCAUUAGAGAGACUUAUUUCCCUGUUUCCCACUUUGCUGUUAACCGUGUGCACUGAGGUAGAAGAGGACAAUCUUACUGUAAUCAGGAGAAUGAUGAAAUGUUGAAACUGUCAUCAACUUUAUCUGUGAAGUUCCAGCAGUGGUACUAGAAAGAUGUACAAUGACAAAGAGAACUCCAAAUAUCUUGGUCUGUGAUUGUCCUUGUUUCUUCUUGUGCAAGUAUAUUAUCAAAGGCAUAUUUUCCACAUUAUCUCUGUCUGCUUCAAAGCUACUUGAUCUUGACAUCACUUCAAAGAGUGAUCCAAUGGCUGUAGUUUACAUAAAAAAACGAGAUGGAAGUCUUGAGGAAAUUGGUCGUACAGAGGUUAUCUUAAAUAAUUUGAAUCCUGCCUGGAUUGGGAAAAUAUCUAUUGCUUACCAUUUUGAGAUUGUCCAGACACUCGUGUUUAGUAUAUAUGAUAUUGAUACAAAAUAUCACAACGUACCAGUGAAGGCACUCAAGUUGCAGGAUCAAGAAUUUCUUGGAGAAGCUAGCUGUGUCUUGUCAGAGAUUUUCACCAAACGUGAUAAAACUUUGACUAAAAAAUUGCACAACAAAAAUAGGAAAAAUGCAGGCAUGCUAACCGUUCACGCCGAAGAGACUGUUGCAUCAAGAAAUGCUGCAGAGAUUGUAUUCCGUUGUACCUCUCUGGAUAAUAAAGACUGGUUAUCUAAAAGUGAUCCUUUUCUGCGUAUAUCCAGAAAAGUUGAGGCUGGAGAUGCUGUUCCAAUCUGCAAGACAGAGGUGGUUAACAACAACUUAAAUCCUGUUUGGAGGCCGGUUUAUCUAACUACACAGCAGUUUGGAAGCAAGGAUAACCCAUUGAUUAUCGAGUGCUUUGAUUUUAACAGCAAUGGAAAUCAUACCCUAAUUGGCAAACUGCAGACAUCAGUAUCAACCUUAGAAAAUCUGUACAGAGAGAAGACUGGCAUCAGCUUUGUUAUGCCACACCGUGGUCGUGAAAAGGUGCUUAAGGGCCAGCUAUUUGUAGAUGCAUAUCGUGAAAAGCAGCUUUACAGCUUUCUUGAUUACAUUUCUAGUGGUUUUGAGCUCAACUUCAUGGUUGCUGUUGACUUUACUGCUUCAAAUGGGAAUCCAAGAAAUUCAGAGUCCUUGCACUUUAUUGAUCCCUCUCGGUUGAACGCUUACCAGCAAGCUAUAAUGGAAGUCGGAGAGGUUAUCCAAUUUUAUGACUCUGACAGGUGUUUCUCUGCAUGGGGCUUCGGAGGAAGGACAAUGGAGGGCAAUAUCUCCCAUUGCUUUAACUUGAAUGCAAGCCCAUACAACAGUGAGGUUGAAGGAAUUGAAGGAAUUAUGGCUGCUUACAAUUCUGCUCUCCAAACUGUUGCACUUUCUGGACCCACUUUAUUUGGUAAGGUGAUUCACAAAGCUGCAGAAAUUGCUGGCCAGUCCCUCGAACAUUCUAAGAGCAAGUACUAUGUACUGUUGAUAAUUACGGAUGGAGUUCUCACAGAUCCUCAAGAAACUAUAGAUGCUUUGGUGAAGGCAUCUGACUUGCCUUUAUCAAUCCUUAUUGUUGGGGUUGGUGCUGCUGAUUUUACACAAAUGGAGAUACUUGAUGCUGAUAAAGGGCACCGGUUGGAGAGCUCCAGUGGCCGUAUAGCAACACGAGACAUUGUUCAAUUUGUACCAAUGCGUGACAUACAAGCGGGGCAAAAACCCAUGGUUGAAGCCUUACUGGAAGAGUUACCUGGACAGUUCCUCACUUACAUGCGCAGUAGAGACAUCAAACCACAGAAUUUGAAUACUGAAACGACAUUGCCCCCACCAAGUACCCAUAGUGCACCAUUUAAUUUAGUUUUAUGACAGAUGAUAUUUGCUGGUUGAUAGGUAUCAAAGUACAGUUACCUACAUUUUUCAAUGGUGCAAAUGACAGUGUAUAUAGGUUUUAGUGGUUGAUGAGAGGUUCCAUAUUUCCUUUAUUCUUUAAUGUCUAUAAUUGUUUCUACGAUGCAUUUUUCUCAUAAAAGUUCUUGAUGUUUGGGCUUUACCUUGCUCAGUUUCAGCACAUAUUCUGUCUUCCGAUUGUAAAUCAUUCAAUUAA